AUAUAUAUCAUCAGUUCACACACCAACUAGCUACAGAGCCAGCCACACAUACGCCAACAGCUAAUCCCUUCUUCUUCCUUCCCGCGAUCGGUGAGCUCUGAUCGCCAUGGGCAGCGUCGCCGCCGCCGUGCAGGAUGACUCCACGUCGCCGUCGGAGCUGGAGGCGGCGUUCCUCGAGCGGUGCGCGGCGUCGGGCGACGCGGCCUACGGCGAGCUGAGGGAGCUGUUGUCCCGCCUCCACGACCCGGCCACGAGGCAGGAGGCCAGGAUCUUUCUCACCGGGCUCCGCCGCCGCUCCUGCUCCGACCCCGGCGGCGAGGAAGGAUUCUUCCGGCGGUACGGGUUCUGCGUCCGGGAGCUGCUGCUCCACGACUCACGCUGCGGCCUCCCCAUCACCACCCUCUCCUCAGGGUUCCAACAAAGAAAGAAGCUAACAAUGAUGGAGAUACCCAGCAUUUUUAUUCCAGAAGAUUGGUCAUUCACUUUCUAUGAGGGUCUCAAUCGGCACCCAGAUUCCAUCUUCAGGGAUAAGACAGUGGCAGAGCUGGGAUGUGGCAAUGGUUGGAUAUCCAUUGCACUUGCAGAGAAGUGGUGCCCUUCGAAGGUCUAUGGUUUGGAUAUAAACCCAAGAGCUAUCAAGAUUGCAUGGAUAAAUCUUUACUUGAAUGCACUAGACGAUGAUGGUCUCCCAAUCUACGACGCAGAGGGGAAAACAUUGCUUGACAGAGUUGAAUUCUAUGAAUCUGAUCUUCUUUCUUACUGUAGAGAUAACAAGAUAGAACUUGAUCGCAUUGUGGGAUGCAUACCACAGAUUCUUAACCCCAAUCCAGAGGCGAUGUCAAAGAUUGUAACUGAAAAUUCAAGUGAGGAGUUCUUGUACUCAUUGAGCAACUACUGUGCUCUUCAGGGCUUUGUUGAGGACCAAUUUGGCCUCGGGUUGAUUGCUCGUGCUGUUGAAGAAGGGAUAUCUGUGAUAAAGCCUAGUGGUCUUAUGGUAUUCAACAUGGGAGGCCGGCCAGGACAAGGUGUCUGUGAGCGCCUAUUUCUACGCCGUGGAUUUCGCAUCAAUAAGCUCUGGCAAACAAAAAUUAUGCAGGCUGCCGACACAGACAUCUCUGCUUUAGUUGAAAUUGAGAAAAAUAGCCGACAUCGAUUCGAGUUCUUUAUGGAUCUUGUUGGGGAUCAGCCUGUGUGUGCACGCACAGCAUGGGCAUACAUGAAAUCCGGUGGCCGCAUUUCACAUGCUUUGUCUGUGUAUAGCUGUCAACUUCGCCAGCCCAACCAGGUGAAGAAAAUAUUUGAGUUCCUUAAAGACGGAUUCCAUGAAGUCAGCAGCUCCCUCGAUUUGUCCUUCGAUGACGAUUCUGUUGCUGAUGAAAAAAUUCCUUUCCUAGCAUACCUAGCUAGUUUCUUGCAAGAGAACACAUCUAAUCCUUGUGAGCCUCCAGCUGGAUGUUUAAAUUUCCGGAAUCUUGUUGCUGGAUUUAUGAAGAGUUACCACCACAUCCCGUUAACUCCUGACAAUGUUGUUGUGUUCCCAUCCCGUGCUGUUGCUAUAGAAAAUGCUCUUCGAUUGUUCUCACCGGGACUUGCAAUUGUUGAUGAACACCUAACCAGACACUUGCCCAAGCAAUGGUUAACAUCUUUAGCAAUUGAGGAAAGUAACCAUGCUAAAGACACAGUAACUGUAAUAGAAGCACCACGCCAAUCAGAUCUGCUGAUUGAGUUGAUCAGGAAACUGAAGCCUCAGGUUGUUGUUACUGGCAUGGCUCAGUUUGAGGCUAUCACCAGUGCUGCUUUCGUGAACUUAUUAAGCGUAACGAAAGAUGUUGGUUCCCGAUUAUUACUAGAUAUUUCAGAACAUCUGGAAUUGUCUAGUCUGCCAAGCUCAAAUGGUGUAUUGAAAUAUCUUGCUGGGAAGACCCUGCCUUCACAUGCUGCUAUAUUGUGUGGCUUAGUAAAGAAUCAGGUUUAUUCUGAUCUGGAAGUUGCUUUUGCUAUUUCUGAAGAUCCAACUGUUUAUAAGGCGUUGUCACAGACUAUUGAGCUAUUGGAAGGACAUACUUCUGUGAUCAGCCAGCACUAUUAUGGUUGUCUUUUCCAUGAGCUGCUGGCAUUUCAAAUUGGUGACCGGCAUCCACAACAAGAGAGAGAACCUGCAGAAGCAAUCUCUAAGGAGAUGAUAGGGUUUUCAAGUUCAGCUAUGUCCACCCUAGAAGGAGCUGAGCUUUUCGUUCCUGGUUCCAAGGAAUCCGGUGUCAUACAUAUGGAUCUGGAUCGCAGCUUCUUGCCAGUACCUUCUGCAGUAAACGCCUCCAUUUUUGAAAGUUUUGUUCGUCAGAACAUCACUGAUUCUGAAACCGAUGUCCGUUCCAGCAUCCAGCAGCUGGUGAAAGAUAGCUAUGGUUUUGCAGCAGACAGUGGUUCUGAAAUUAUAUACGGGAACACCUGUCUUGCACUCUUCAACAAGCUUGUUCUUUGCUGCAUGCAAGAACAGGGCACCUUGCUUUUCCCCUUGGGCACCAACGGGCAUUAUGUCAACGCAGCAAAGUUUGUGAAUGCAACUACCUUGACUAUUCCAACAAAGGCAGAUUCAGGCUUCAAGAUCGAACCAAGUGCCCUAGCCGACACACUAGAGAAGGUGUCUCAGCCGUGGGUCUAUAUUUCUGGUCCCACAGUUAACCCUACUGGCUUUCUGUACAGUGAUGAUGAUAUAGCACAGUUGCUAUCUGUCUGUGCGAAAUACGGAGCUAGGGUACUGAUAGAUACCUCCUCCUCUGGUCUGGAGUUCCAAGCCACUGGCUGUAGCCAAUGGAAUUUGGAAAAAUGUCUUUCUCAUGUGAAGUCUUCAAAGCCCUCGUUCUCUGUUGUCCUGCUCGGAGAGCUGUCCUUUGAGCUGACCACGGCCGGGCUUGACUUUGGGUUUCUGAUCAUGAGCGACUCGUUCUUGGUUGACACAUUUUACAGUUUCCCAAGCUUGAGUCGACCACACAGCACGUUGAAGUACACUUUCAGGAAACUGUUGGGCCUUAAGAACCAGAAGGAUCAGCAUUUUUCUGAUCUCAUCGUUGAGCAGAAGGAGACGCUGAAGAAUCGUGCUGAUCACCUGAUCAAGACACUUGAGAGCUGUGGCUGGGACGCCACGGGCUGCCAUGGAGGCAUCUCGAUGCUGGCGAAGCCAACCGCCUACAUUGGCAAAUCGCUCAAGGUGGACGGCUUCGAGGGCAAGCUCGACGGCCACAACAUCAGGGAAGCCCUCCUGAGGUCCACUGGGCUGUGCAUAAGCAGCAGCGCCUGGACCGGGGUGCCAGACUACUGCCGGUUCAGCUUCGCUUUGGAGAGUAGCGAGUUCGACCGGGCGAUGGAGUGCAUCGCCCGGUUCAGGGAGCUGGUCCUGGGAGGCAGUCCUCAGGUGAAUGGUAGCAACUAGGAUUGUUGGGGUGGGUCAAAUGGGUGAAGAAAAACUGUAAAACCUGAAGAGAUGAGAUGUAACCAACUCUUAUCUUUCUUUACCUGUUUGAAAUACUUUGUUUCAAAUCGAAAUGGAAUAAAAACACGUAAUCUCUGAUGUAAA